UACAAUAAAUAGAUCGAUCAUCAGUUCUCUUCUCUCUUUCUCGGAGAGAGUGUAUAUGAAUGUCUGUAAAUCUUUGAAAUUGGAACUAGGGUUUUCACAGAAUCGAAGAAGAAGAAGAUGACACAGAAUACUGGGAAAUUAACCCCAAAUCUAGAUAAAGAAAGUACAAAGAUCCUUAAUCUUACUGUUCUGCAAAGGAUCGAUCCUAAUAUUGAAGAGAUUUUGAUUACUGCUGCUCAUGUCACUUUCUAUGAAUUCGACGUUCAGCGUAAUGAAUGGAGCCGUAAAGAUGUCGAAGGAUCUCUUUUCGUUGUUAAGAGGAAUACUCAACCUCGAUUCCAAUUCAUAGUCAUGAAUCGGAGAAAUACAGACAAUCUUGUAGAAGACCUGUUGGGAGAUUUUGAGUUCGAAAUCCAGCUUCCUUAUCUGUUAUAUCGUAAUUCAGCUCAAGAAGUUACUGGUAUUUGGUUUUUUGAUGCGCGAGAAUGUGAAGAUGUUGCGAAUCUGUUCAAUAGGAUACUCAGUGCAUACGCCAAGGUUUCCCCAAAGCCUAAAGUCUCUCCAACGAAAAAUGAGUUCGAGGCAUUGGAACCUGUCCCAAACAUGGCUGUGAUGGGGGGCCCACUCGAGCCAUCGCUUUCAACUGUAUCUAGAGAUGUUCCCGCUGAUUGUUCUUUAGCGAACCUUUUCAGUGGGGCUAGGAAUAUGGGAAAUGCUUCUAAGGCAGCAAAGCAAGAACAGCACCACCCGUCUCCUACAACAAUCCCUGCAUCAUCUCAUGCACCGUCUGGUCUCUUAACCUCCCAAAUGGCAAUGCUGCAAAUGCCAUCCGCUCCUCCAUCAACUUCAUCUACUCCAUUAAUCCACAUGUUUGAAACUCCUGGAACCAGCAACAAUAGUAACCGUGUGACCAACCUUCUCAACCCUUCUGCGUUUUCUGCACCUACUUCUUCCCCAUCUGCACUGUUGAUGCCACCAGUGUCCUCUUCUGCUGUUGCAACUGCUCCUAUUCAUCACUCACCAGUCAAUUUUCAACAGCUGCAUGGGGCUCCUUUCCUUCAACCAUUCACACAACCAACUCCAUCUCCUUUUUUCACACCUACUCCAAUCUCAGAUCCUGGGGCAGUUGUCACCAGAGACAGAGUCCGUCAAGCACUCGUGAAGCUUGCUCAGAACAAUCAAUUCAUCGACAUGUUCUGUGAAGAGCUACUGAAGGCAUGAACCAUUCAAGGACAUGUUCUGUGAAGAGCUACUGAAGGCAUGAACCAUUCAAGGAGACGAGAAAGCUACCGUAGAACUGAAUUGUGUCGGAUGCAGUAAAAGAAGAAUCAUGCAUCCAUUCUUCAACCAGGGUUUGUAUAGUUCUUUAGAUUUCGAUGACCACCUUUCCGUUUCUUUGUGUUUCUUUUUUCUUCGUUUUGGUUUACCUUCAAGAUAAAUGUAGUCUGUUAUUAUGUGAGAUAAGAUGUGUAGUCAUAUUUGGUUGUAAUCUAAUCAGCUUCCAUACACCAUUAGUUCAGUCAGUAGUGAUUAGUGUUAUGUCCGCCCAUUUGGGUUUGUAAUCAGAUUUCUCUUUGCGAAAAUAAGUUUGUUAUGUCAAACUACAUUUCGGUUAAAUUUGUAAGCAGAACAAAAAAGAGACUUACAAUCAGCAACAAAGUUGAACCUGUCAAACUACAUUUGGGUUUGUAAUCAGAUUUCUCUUCCGACU